CGAGCGAUGUGCGGCAUCGUCGCCUACCUGGGCCCCAGCACGGCCAAGGACGUGAUGCUCGCCGGGCUGGCCCGGCUCGAGUACCGCGGCUACGACUCUGCCGGCGUCGCCUCGGGCCCGAGCCACACGAUCGGGGUCGUCAAGGCCGCCGGCAAGGUCUCCGUCCUCGCCUCUCGCAGCUCCUCCUCGCUCAACACGGGCACCGUCGGAAUCGCGCACACACGCUGGGCGACGCACGGCGCUCCGACGGACGCAAACGCGCACCCGCACACGUCGUCGGAUGGCGGGCUGGCGAUCGUGCACAACGGGAUCGUCGAGAACUUCGUCGCCCUGCGCGAGGAGCUGCAGCGCAAGGGCUACCGCAUGGCGUCGGAGACGGACACUGAGCUGAUCGCGCACCUGAUCUCCGACGUGAGGAAGCAAAAGUGGAUGCCGCUGGAGGAGGCGGUGCGGCAGGCUCUCUCGCAGGUGCAGGGCGCGUACGGCAUCUGCGUCAUCUCCUCCGAGGAGCCGGACCUCCUCGCUCGGAAGGGCUCGCCGCUGCUGCUUGGCAUCGGAGAGGACGAGUACCUGCUCGCCUCGGACGCCUCCGCCGUCAUCGAGCGGACGCGGCGCGCCACGUCACCUCAACGGCGCGGAGAGGGCGGCCGACAGCGGCCGACAGGAUCACAAAUCACAAUGAUUGAUGACGGAUCACUCUCUCGCCUCCGGCCCGCGGUGCUCCUCUCGGCGAUAUCUCGGCUAAUCUCGGCCGCAUCUCGCCUCCAGGAGAUCUGCGAGCAGCCCGAGGUGCUCGAGAAUGCGAUGCGCGGCCGCGUGACGAACCGGCACUCUGCAGGCUCGAGAGGUUGCCGAGAGAUGGCCGAGAGAUGGCCGAGAGCGCCUCGCAUCAUCGUGGUCGCGUGCGGCACCUCGCACCACGCGGGCCUGAUUGGGGAGUACCUGCUGGAGAACCUGGCGGGAUGUAGCCGAGAUGCAGCCGAGAUGAUGCCGUGCGAGGUCGAGUACGCCUCGGAGUUCCGCUACCGCAACCCGAUCCUCUGCCGGGAGGACGUGCUCAUCGCAAUCUCGCAAUCGGGGGAGACGGCCGACACGCGCUCGCGGCGCCGCAGGUCUGGCAAGUCAGCACGCCGCCUCUGCCUAGGCAUCUGCAACACCGUCGGAUCGUCGAUCGCGCGCGAGACCGACGGCGGCGUCUACCUGCACGCGGGCCCGGAGAUCGGGGUCGCGUCGACCAAGGCCUUCUCUGCCCCAGCUGGUCGCGCGGACACCGACCUCCGACGGAGGGGGAAUCCUUGCGAGCUAGGCGCCAUGCUCGCGCUUCCGGACCAGCUGCGGUUUGUGCUGGAGCAGAAGGGGACGGUGUACGAGAUGGCAAAGGGGACGGUGUACGAGAUGGCAAAGGUCUUCAAGUACGCGAGCAAUUUCCUCUUCCUCGGGCGCGGGUACCACUACCCGCUCAAGGAGAUCUCGUACAUCCAUGCCGAGGGCUACCCCGCCGCCGAGAUGAAGCACGGCCCGAUCGCGCUCAUCGACCAGUUCAUGCCCGUCGUCAUCAUCGCGCCAACCUCGGACCCGAACUACCGCAAGCUCGUCUCAAACAUCGAGGAGGCGAGCGCGCACGGCGGCGGCGGGGCCGUGCGCGCGCGGGGCGGCUCCGUCAUCGCCAUCACCGAGGAGGACAACCACGAGCUCGACGAGCAGUGCGAGUACGUGAUGCGCGUCCCCUCCACCGCCGACUUCCUGAUGCCGCUCCUCUGCGUCGCGCCGCUGCAGCUGAUGGCCUACUACAUCGCAGACAUGCGCCAGUGCAACGUCGACCAGCCGCGCAACCUCGCGAAGAGCGUCACCGUCGAGUGAGGCGGCGCGGCGCGGUCCGCCGAUGGAGACGAGGCUGCUCGGGCAGGCGACCGAGACGAGAGAGGCGCGGUGCUGGAACGCCUCGUCCGGCAGGUGCGUCAUGCCCUCGGGCAGCACCGCGUGCCCGCCGGUGACGACGACCUGCCAGCCGCCCACGUCCAAAGUCUCGGAGCCGGGUGAUGGGGCUGCUAAGGUAAGGUAAGGUAACGUAAAUUUCUCC